AUCGAUUUAUCGAUAGGCUGAUAUAUUUUCGACAUCCCUAGACCCGACAUAAACACUAAAACAGUAAAAACGCGGAAUAGAAGCAAAAUAAACACAAAUUAAAUUCCGAAAACGGUCGAAAUCCCAUUAAAACUAAGCGCUACUCCGUGCCCGUGACAUGUGCAGCCUGUGAAGCUCGUGCAGUUGUAUUUCCGAAACUUCUGGUUUGUUUAUUCCGUCUGAGGCUCCCCAACACACCCAAACGGGCGAAAAAGAGCAUGCACACAGACUGCGCCCUACCGAAAAGACCUCAAAAUUAAACAGACCUCCAAUCAGACACGGUAGCAUAAUUUAACGCGCGAUACAACAAAUCGUAUUGCACAAAUUUAAGGCGGAAAAAAGUAGAAAAUAACAAUUAUUUUUUUUAGCUUGCUAAAAUUUUAUAACUAAAAAAAAUUUCCUCCUUUUUUCCCCUCAUUCGGGUUGCCAGAUCUUGAAGCCUCUGGAGAGGGCGCUUUUUGGCGUUGCCACAUUUCGAGGGCUCUGCAGAAAAGAGAGAAUUUUUUUUGAGAGAAAAAAAUUUGAGAGAUGAAAAUUUUUGUUUUUUUUUUUAUUCAGCUUGAAAUUUUAUUUGGCUCUUAGAAAAAAGAGAAUUUUUUAAGAGAGAUGAAAAUUUUUGUUUUUUAAAAAUCAAGUGCCGCCAAAAAAAUCAAGCGCGCCUUCUCCAUGCCACGCAAUCCCUUCCGCUGGUCGCGCAAGUUCAAGACCUCGUCCGGGGCUGCCGCCUCCCUGUCCGGAUCCGGAUCUGGCCAUGAUAACGAGGAGCGACGUGGCAGCCAUACGGCCAUUUCGUCCUGCCGAGGCGGCCGAGGACCCCCCGCCCAGGACAGCAACAACAACAAGAGGGCACGAGUCCUGCGGCGCUCCUCGUUUAGGAAGUUUCUCAAUCGAAUCACUCAGCAUCUGACAACGUCGGCGGAUAACUCGUACUCGGAUCGCAUCGCCUUCAUAGAAAUCGUGCCUUUCUAUACCGGAUGCUGGCGCAGAAAAGAGGCCAACAAGCCCUCAUCCUCAAACACUGGAGGAGGCGGCAGCCUGGAGCGCGUGCCUCCCAUCGGAGGCUACCAAUGGCCGGCGGACCAGACGCCGGGAGUGAUGGGCCUGAAGAACCAUGGAAACACUUGCUUUAUGAACGCGGUCCUGCAAUGCCUCAGCCACACGGACAUCCUUGCAGAGUACUUUGUCCUGGACCAAUACAAGGUCGACCUGAAGCGACGAAACAAAAUCAAUUCCCGAAAGUUUGGCACCAAGGGGGAACUCACCGAACAACUGGCCAAUGUCCUGAAGGCACUGUGGACCUGCAAGAACGAGAGCGACCACAGCACCAGCUUCAAGGCCGUGGUGGACAGAUAUGGAACGCAGUUCCGCAGCUCCACGCAGCACGACGCCCAGGAGUUUCUGUUCUGGCUGCUGGACAAGGUGCAUGAGGACCUGAACACGGCCAGCAAGAGGCGCUACAAGAGCUUGAAGAAUUCCUACGGCCGCUCCGACGAGGUCAUCGCCGCGGAGACCCUGGCCAACCACAUACGGUGCAACAACAGCUUCGUCCAGGCCGUGUUCCAAGCCCAGUUCCGCUCCUCGUUGACCUGCCCGCGCUGCGACAAGCAAUCGAACACCUUCGACCCCUUUCACUGCAUCUCCGUGCAGCUCCCACAGCUCACCCAGCUGACCAUCUUCGUCACGGUCGUCUACAUAAAGAAGGUGCCGCGCCAGGUGAAGAUGGGCCUGCGCGUCCCGGCCGGAUCACCUAUCGUGGCUCUGCGAGAGCAGCUGCAGACGGACACCGGCAUCGAGGGGUCGUGCAUGGUGCUGGUCGACCUGAACGCCGAGGGAUUCACGCGCGUCUUCUUCGACUCCCAGCCCGUGGAGACUGUCGCCAGCAACGAGAACAUCUACUGCAUCGAAGUCCCCGAGGCGACCCCCGUGCCAAAGGCGGCUGGAAGCGGCGAUAGUGCAGCGGCGGCUGCCCCUGCCCCAGCCCCAGCUUCAGUCCCAGCGCAGGCAGACCUGCUCCUCCUAGUGGCCAAUGUGUACAGAGCGAAGGACGGCAAGGACGUGGCUCGUUUCGGAGCCCCCUUCAGUAUGAAGGCGCCGCGCGACUGCUCCUACCAGGAGCUGCAGAAAAGAAUGCUGCGCGAAAUGACGCUCCUGUUGAAGCCAGAGGUGUUCUCCUACGCCACGCCGCCGUCCGAGAUGUUCCGCAUCCGGCUGCAGGACCCCUCCGCCGACCCGGACACCUACCUGGAGCAGGUGGAGCAUCCGCUGCUCACGGAGAUGAUCGACUUGGCGCUGUCCGUGCUGUCCGCCGAGGCGGGGCCGCAGCACAUCAAGCUUCUUCUGGAGUGGAGCUCGCCUGAGGAGUACUUCCUCGCCAGCAAGGAGCCGGACGAUGUGGUGGAGCACGAAAGCGUGGCGCGGCUGAGUGCCAGCAAGUCAGGGGUUACGGCAGCGCUGACCCUGGAACAGUGCCUGGAGCACUACACCAAGGCGGAGACCCUGAGCGCCGAGGACGCCUGGCGGUGCCCCCACUGCCAGCAGUACUUGCCCGUGGUGAAGACGCUGGGUCUGUGGUCGCUGCCGGACAUUCUGGUGGUGCACUUCAAGCGCUUCCGUCAGCACCAGUCAAAGGGACCGCAGGCCGCGAAGCUGACCACGAUGGUCAAGUUUCCUCUCACCGCCUUCGACAUGUCCCCUCACUUGGCGCGCGGCGUGCACGAAAGUGCCAGCAGCUCCAAUGGGUUGGGACUCAGUCUGGGCUCGGCCAAUCCGUGGAAGCGUGCCAAGACCGGGGAAUCGCGCUCCUCCACCCUGAACUCUCGCAGCGAGUCAAAGGACACGCGCUAUGACUUGUAUGCCGUGUGCUACCACCAGGGGGACACUUUGGAGACCGGACACUACACGGCCGCGUGCAAGAACCCCUACGACCGGCAGUGGUACAAGUUUGAUGACCAGCGCGUCAGCAAGGUGCCGGAGGACGCCAUCGAGGAGGACAUCAUCAACAACGAGGCGUACAUGCUCUUCUACCAGCGACGCAGCGUGGACGCCGGCGAGUGCUCCGGCUCUAGCUCCAACUCGGGAGAUCACUGGGUGUCCCGCUUAGCACCCGCCAGUUCAUCCUCGUCCGCGUCCUCGACGACGGGACGGGAGAAGGAGGCGGUCAAGCUGGAGGAAGCCAGCAAGGUGGCAGAGAAGGCGGUGGCACAGUCCAAACCAGUGGACAUACCCAACAUUUGCAACGAGAAGAUGGAAGUUACUGACGCACCAGAAGAGGUGGUUACGAUAGAGAAGUCGCCCCCUCACGAGCUGCUUGGCGCGGAGGAACUAGCUUAUGCCGACGCCGAUGUGGAUGGCAGUGGUCUCAGUGAGGAAAGCAAUGGGUCUCUGCCGGUACCAGCCUCCACUACAACUGCCGAUGAUGAAGGCCUGACACUUGGCGAGGAGGCGACUCUCAUUUUUGCCAUGGACGAGAACUGCACGGAGCUAGCGGAAGAGGAACAGGAGGGCAAGUCUCCUUGCCCCCCGCAGGCAGAAGCCACAGACAUGACCGUAGUCCCAGAUGAGGGAAUGCCCGCUGCUGAGACGGUUAAAACCAACGGGCACACCACCUCAUCCUCCUCAUCGUUGGAGAGCUCAGGUUCUUCGCGAUCAUCGCCAAGAUCGCUGAGUACGUCGGUCACUGCGGCGUCCACGCUGCACAGGAAGUUCAACGGUCAUAUGACCGCCACCGCUUCGCUAUUCAACGGAACUCCUCCGCUAUCGGGCUCACAGAUUUCGCGGCAUGUUCAGCUGCACAACCACAACUGGAACGGGUCCAGGAGCAGUGUGUCGGCCGAGGAGAGUGCCACCCACCAACAGCAGCAGCAUGCGGCGGCGGCUGCAAGCUUGAGUCUGCGCCACUCCUUCUCCACGAGCUCAAACUACACGGAGACAUUGUCCUCCCUGCUCCGGAACUCGGCCAACACUUGCAGCAAGGACACUCUGCUGUUCAUUGACCAACAGAAUCACCACGCGUCGGACCUAAUGGAGGACGACGAUGACUCGUACAUGGGCAGAUCGCUCUGGAUAUCGCCCUUAACGCCCCACAAACUCAUCACCGUUUCUCCGAAGAAUUAAAUGAAGGAAAAUUGAGAUGCAGACGAAAACAGAAAUCGGAAAACCCGAAACCAGAAACCAGAAGACACACAAACGCACUAUAGCCAUAAGCCUAAAGUUUACUUUAUAUGAUAUUUGUAAGCCGCGAUUAAGAUGUUAUACAAAUCUGUUUACUUUAAGAUGUAUACUCAUAUGUAUGAUAUUUGCAAUAUGGCAUUAAGUUUGACACUUGAGGCGGAAACUUGAGUAGAAGGAAUAAGCCCAACUUUAUUUAUUUGAUGAUCGAUGAAGCAAGUUAACUUUAUUUUAUUAUUUGACACCAUUCACCUGCGGAGUUACCAGCCGGUAAAGAUUAUUAUUUAUUUUUGUUUAACUUCUUGUAUAGUCCUCAAAGCCAAUUUCGACGAAACAAUGAAGUGCUUGGCAUGCCUAUGUUUAGAAUUUUUGUACACGAAACCAAGUUUCAAACUGCAAUCUAUUAUGCUCUUUAACGACGGAUUACUAUAACGAUUUGAUUUCAACAUUAACUUACUAUUUUCCAAUACAUCUCUGCUAUACGAUUCUGGAAGCUUCAAGUUGAUGAACUAACGAGUUUAAAUAGAAUGAAGAACUUUAUUUAGGUGUGUGAUGUUCAUGAAAUUCAUAAAUAUACGUGAAGUUGUUGGAUUCAAAA